AUGUCCGGCAAGAAGAACAAAGGCAAGGGGAUCAUGGCGGAUGGGCAGCAUGGGCAGGAUGGUUUGGCAGACUUGAAAAUGGAUAGCAGUGUGGAUAUCUUGGCGAGUGAUCCACUUCCAACGGUCCACGUCAGCAAGUCAAACCUCGGAGAGAUGAAGAAUGCGCUGGACGAUGCGGUGAAGAAGCACCUCACCGGCAUGUCGUUCACCCCUUCUAUAUUCAAUCCGACGGUUCAUCUCAGUCUAGGCUAUACAUCCGUCCUACUCUGCUUGGGGAGUGUGCUAUACUCUCUGCGUGUGGAAUUUGAGGACUCCAAACCUGCUCUGUGGGUCGGCGUCGUCGGUUACUUCACAUUCCAGUCGAUUUUAUGGGCGUGGAAGAGAUGGGUCGAACGAGGAGAAAUUUUCCGUGGAAGGAGACGGCGCAUCGUCAAACGGAUCGAGACUGAUCAUAUCCAAAUCACGACAUCUACCAAUUUCAACGCUCCCCAAGUCCCGUCUAUCACUUUCUCCCCUCAUACUCGACCUUCUUCUCCAAGUCUUGCACCUUCAUCACCUAUCUCUUCUCCCGGAUCAUCACCCAACAACUCUUCAACCCUACCGCCAAAAUCGACCACCGAUUCCCAACAAACCUUUACUCCGAGCUCUAUACCCUCGAGCGUCGGAAAGACGGACUGUGGACCGACCUACUCUGUCCAGUUGACGCUGAGUACGACUAGCAAUAGCGGGAAAUCGUUGUUGAGGAAAAGUCGAGUGGUCGCAGGUCGAGGUGUCGGAGAGUUUAUCGACACGCAUGGUGGGAUCGAGGAAGGAGAGAUUGGUCGAUGGUUGAAUGGACUAUUGAUUGAUGCAGGCUUGGUCGGAGCUGAGGAGACGGAAGGACUGAAGGAGGAGUAG